GGAAAGAGAACGCAGUUAAAUCAUGAAGCGCUCGUCUUACUAUGAUCACCACAGCGAUUCGAGGGAUCCGUAUCAGUCCAGUGAAAGUGAGGAUAAUCAUCAACCUACCUAUAGGGGUGGAAACAGAAUGUCGGUGUCCAAACCUCAUCAAAAGAGGAUUCGUCAACAGAAUGGAUACAACGAGUACCGAUACGAGCGGUACGAGAGCUACCCACCCAGUCUUCUGGACCGCGAGCAGAAUACCAAAGCUAUCAGAGUCAAAUUCUUCAAAAAUAGAGAUGCCUUGCAUAAAGGAAUCGUCCUGUCUAUCAGUGAAAAGAUGUUUCCGUCUUUGGACAGUCUGAUGAACCACCUUAACAGCAAAAUUGACACUCCACAGGGUGUGAUGUACAUCUUCAGAUUGGAAGACGGGAAGUUGAUUGAAAGCGUAAAGGAUUUUCAGCCUGGGGACGAGUGUGUCGUGUCUAGUACACCCAAGAUUGACAGAAGCGUACAAUAUGGGCAAGUGUCAGGUCCACCUUCUCCGAUUAAGCGUGCAGCCCCAUUGCAACGCAGUCAGGGGCCCUCCAGGGAGCAUAUCCUCAGGGGCAGCAACACUCAAACAAGGGGUGGUCCAAACAGGUCCCCGAAUCAAGCUAAAAGCAAACCUCUUACGUUUACAAUCAUAAACAACACUAUGAGGACUUUACAGGACAAAAUGAUCAUCAACCCACAGACGGAGCAGUCGUUUGAGCAGAUGCUGGUAGACAUGGGUGAAGUAGUCAGUAUGUCUGACAAUCCUGCAACAGCCCUGUACUGUGCCGUCCCUCCUUAUAAUAAGAUAGAAAGUUUUUCGAAUCUUCGACACGAACUACUUGUUAAGAAGGUGGAAAGUUUUUUCGUGGUCGGGGGUGAGGGUUCUCCGAAGGAAAUCCGUCAGAAGAAAGUUCCGGUUCGCGAACCAACCCCACCCCCAGAGGAUGACAUGGAUUACUAUGAGGAGGCACAACAUCAAACGUACAGAGAACCUUCGCCGCAAAAACAGAAAGAACGAGGCAAGUGGAAGCCGGCUAAGGAACCUCCGAAGAGACAGCAAAAUGCAAGACCAAUUAAGAAUGAUUACAGCGAUGACAAAAAUCAAAACGGCUUUGCAGCCGACAGAGCGCAACCUCGCAAUCGUGGCAAUUUAUCCCAAAGAAGCAACAACCACAGCAGCAGCAGACAAACAACACAUUCACAGAAGGUUGUUAGCAGUCGAGAAGAACGUGUUACAAGCAACAGUUUGCACGAACCCAGACGAUCCAUUGAUUCCAACAUGUCCAAACCAUCACGUGACUCACGAGAGGGUAUUAACCGCCAUGAGCAGGAACCUCUGACGAGCAGAAGUCAGCGAAAUGAGCGCCAGGGCAGCAACAAGCCCCCAGGAAAACCUCAUCCAGUACGUCAUCAGCAAAAGCAUCGAGAUUUCGAAGAAGAAAGAGACAUGGAGGUCGACGAAGGUGAAGAAGAUAUGCAAUACAACGGCUAUCAUGACGAGAUCGAUAAUCAAGACGAUGGAAGAGAAAACGGUACAGAAACAGAUGACGAUUAUGACGAUGAGCCACCACAGCAAAGGCCAGCGAGGAAAGGGCCCCGGAUGGAAACUCCAGAAUGUUAGUGACGUAUUGCUCAGAUCUAUACAAAACUAGGUGCUGGAUU